CUAACUUACCUACCUACCUUACCUAUCUACCUUUUCUCCCUAGCGUCUAUACAACAGAUAGUUAGACUCAUAUGCGACAAAAGUUGUGAACAUAUGCACAAAGCUGGGAAUCAUGUCGCGAGGUGAAAGCGUGCCUCAAAAGCCUAUCAUAGGCUCAUACUCGACGCACACCGAAAUCGAGGAGCGCGAUCAAGCCAAUAACGUCGUUGCAACUUAUGUCUGUAGUCCUGAUUCUGGGCCCCAGGAGCGGGGUCGAGUAGAUGUUGUUGUGCCGAGAAAUACCAGGACGUAUGUGAAGAGUGUGCUGAAUGCGUUCCUACCGGCGGGGUACCCGCAUAGUGUCACGAAGGAUUAUCUUCAGUAUCAGAUUUAUGAUUCGUUGCAGGCGUUUUCGAGUUCUAUUGCGGGUCUGCUUUCUUCACGGGCUGUGCUUGAAGGAAUUGGUGUUGGGGACUCUCAUGCCUCACCCACAGCUGCUCUUCUUCUCUCCGUGCUUCAAGAUAGUAUGGGGAGGAUAGCCACAAUCCUUUUUGCACACCGUCUCGGAACAUCGCUUGAACCUGAAUGCAAGAUGUAUCGCCUAGCAGCGGAUAUAUUCAACGAUGCUGCUAUGAUAUUUGAUUGCCUAUCACCAGCGCUACCCAAAGCUUCGAGAGUAGCCCUACUAAGUCUCUCUAGUGUUCUCCGUUCUCUAUGCGGGGUUGCGGCUGGUAGUUCGAAGGCAUCUUUGAGUGCUCAUUUUGCCACGCAAGGAAACCUAGGGGAACUGAAUGCUAAGGAUUCAAGUCAGGAAACGAUCAUAUCUCUCAUGGGAAUGCUUGUCGGCAGCCUAGUCGUAUCACAUAUCUCCUCCCAAGGGGCUACAUGGAUCGUAAUGAUCGCUCUCCUGGCUAUCCAUCUCGGGACAAACUACCUCGCAGUCAGAGCCGUCAGCAUGCGCACACUGAACAGACAGCGCGCGAAUCUUGUGUUCUCUACCUUAUUUCAGAGACUCUCUCGGCUCGAAGGCAGUAAGACGUCGGAUAGUCGGACGGAGUUUCCCACGCCUGACGAAGUAUCCCUCCAAGAGCGAGUCUUUGAAAAAGAUGGUGUUUUACGCUGGCAAGGAGACAAGAUACUUGGUUAUUGCCAGAUUGGUGUCCCGCUUCGAAAGAUUCUAGAUCUCUUCGGUCAAUCCGAUGAGACAACAGGCAGUUACACAGGAGCCAAAUCUCAGGAUUUCGUAGUACUCCUAGAUAUCUUUCAAGAAGAAGGGUAUAUAAUGUGGUAUGAUGAACCUCGCAAGGUAUUCCUAAUAUGCCUGAAGUUUCCAUCGAAUACCGAGACGCAGCUCCAUGCUUGGAUGCAUGCCCUUUUCAUGGCAAUACAAGUACAGAGGGGUCUGAAGGAUGAAUCCGUAAUAGAAGCUCUUGCUCGCACCAGGCGAGAUUUCAGAUCUUGGGCAAAAGAGUACGAGAUAUUUGACAACUUGCGGAGAGUUGGUUGGGAUCUUGAUACAGCUGCGUUGGAGACACGGUCGGGCACAAGAAUACGCACCAAGGAUGGCUCUCCUGGACACGGGGAAGAUCUUGAGGUUCCCUGGAAGUUCUGAUAAUGUUCCAAUAUACCAAUUGAAAUGAGAUAGGUGUUUUACAUAUACUACAUAUAGGUGGCCGAACCAGGUGCCAACGCUGCUGUUAAUACAGAUCUUGUAGAAGCGGGGAUUUUCCAUAUAUGUCCAGAUCCACCGGCUUCGAAUGAUCUAUCCGAAGAACACCUCAUACCAAGCCAAGAAGUUUGGAAGCUCUCAUCUUCCAGCCCUCCCAAGUGUUCAGUUUAGGUCUCACAUCCAGGAAGAAAUUCAGCUUCCCAUUCCCCUUUCCAUCGUCCC